UUUUUUUUUUUUUUUUUCUUGUCGGAAUUCCAACUUUUGUGGAGGCUGUUGAUGUUUGUGAAUCUUUGUUGGGAUUCCCCUUUUGUUCUUAUGUUUUUAGCUUUGGAAAUCUUGGAGAUUUGGUGUUUGGUUUUCCAUAUUGAUGAACAUGAUGAACAUGAAGGUGAAGGGAGGUGAAGAAAUCUAUGCAGAUUUGUUCUUUUCUCUUUUGAUUGUGAAAUUUUCAAGUGUUAACUGAAAAUCAAAUGGGAUGGAUUGAUCUUGAAUUGGUAUGAUUAGUGUUUUUUUGGCUCAAUUUUCGGGUUGACGGGAGAGUCGAUCGAAAUGACUAGAGAUUUUCAUUCGAACUUUGAACAGAUAAGGGUCAAGUUGGGUUGGAUUUUGAUUUCAAUACAAAGACCUAAUUUGAUUUGAACGAUUCGAGUUUCUCCUUCGAAUUAUGUAGAAGACGGAUUGAGUUGGGUUAGGUUAGGUUAGGUUGUUUCAACAAGUGUCCGAGUUUGCAUAUUUAAGGUGAAUGAAUAUCAAAUUUGGGCCUCCCCGUGCUUGUAUUCAAUACAAAGACCGAAUCUAAUUUCAACGAUUCGAGUUUCAAUUUCGAAUUAUGUAUUUGAAGACGGAUUGAAUUGGGUUAGGUUAGGUUAGUUUAGGUUGUUUCACUUAGUGUCAGAGUUUGCAUAUUUAAAGUGAAUGGAUACCAAAUUUGGGGCAUCUCCGUGCUCGUACAAAGGAUGCACGUACCUCUAAUCUCGGUUGAUGGGAAUUAUAUCGAUGGGACGUUGACUAAUUACGAGACGAUCGGCUAUACCUCCGUGCUCUUUUAUGCUUCGUGGUGCCCGUUUUCUCUCCGUUUUCGACACACAUUUGAAGCUCUCAGUUUCAUGUUUCCUCAAAUCGAACACGUGCUGGUUGAGCAAUCUUCUACGCUACCAAAUGUACUCUCAAAAUAUGGAAUCCACAGCUUUCCAUCUGUAUUGCUGGUGAACAGUACAUCACGUGUUCGAUAUCACGGUCCAAAAGAUAUACUUUCCCUUGUUCGUUUUUAUAGCCGAAUAACAGGAUUAAAACCGAUACCGUACUAUAGCGACCGUGAUUUAGUUACAAUAGAGAGCGUUGGAAAGCCAGUUAUCCAACGACAACAUAUCGAAGACGAACCGUUGUUGAUAUUCUCUUUCGUAUUCAUCUGUCUCCGUCUAGCAAUCUAUAAAUUACCACAUUUAUUGCAUCACUUAAACAAUCUAUGCAGAUCUUACAUACCCCACCUGAACUUGGAAAUAUUUGGCGAAACUCGACAACUAAUAGGACGCAUCCUUCACAUGCUCGAUAUCAGAAGGGCGUGGGCCAAGCUAAGGCUAUACAAGACGAAGAACUUCCACAAGGGAGCAAGGAACGCUCGUGUUUGGGCGUCGUCUCUGGCAUCUGUCUCGUUGGGUGAAUCCUCGUCUUCGAGAUCGACAUAAGUUCACCCAAAACCUUGUAAAAACAAAAAAAACAAAAAAAAAAACAAAAACGAAACUUUUGAUGUUAGAACCGUCUUACUUCCUUGUUAAACACGUAUUUUUCUUGCAAUUAGAGGUAGUAGAGCGUAGUGGGUAGGCUAUUUUGCCUCCUCUUUUGAAGGCAUGUACAAAUUAUCUAUUAUUAUAUUGUAUGAUUACACGUUAUACACGA